UCUAAGCUGUUCAGUAACAUCUGUGUUUGGAAAAAAAGUAAAUUUCUUCCAUUAUCAUUUUCCUCUACAGAUCUCCUUUUUCUCUUUUAAUUUGUGCUUUUCUCCUCUCUUUACAUAAAUAAGAAACCCCACCUUCUUUACUCCGCGUUUGUUUCCAUCAUAACCCCCUCACCAUGAACGGAGCUCAGAAAGCGACGGCGGCAGCAGAGAUGACUUCCAGUGCUGACAGAAUGGUUGGAAUGGAUCACGCUGAAGUACGCUAUUUCACUAGCUAUGAUCAUCAUGGAAUUCAUGAGGAGAUGCUUAAAGACGAGGUUCGAACCCGCUCAUACCGCGACGCUAUCUACCAAAACAGACAUAUCUUUAAGGACAAGGUUGUCCUUGAUGUUGGCUGCGGCACUGGUAUCCUCAGCAUGUUUGCCGUCCGCGCUGGAGCUAAACACGUCAUUGGUGUUGAUAUGUCCUCCAUCAUUGAGAAGGCCCGUCAAAUUGUAGAAAUUAACGGGAUGAGCAACAAGAUCACUCUUCUCCAGGGUAAAAUGGAGGAGGUUGUUCUGCCAUUCCCAAAGGUUGAUAUAAUCAUCUCAGAGUGGAUGGGAUACUUCUUGCUCUAUGAGAGCAUGCUGGAUACCGUCCUCUAUGCUCGUGAUAAUUAUCUCGUUCCGGGUGGAAAGAUUUUCCCUGAUAAAGCCACCAUGUACCUGGCUGGAAUCGAAGAUGGCGAGUAUAAGGAUGAGAAAAUCGGCUUUUGGGACAAUGUGUAUGGUUUCGACUAUUCGCCGAUGAAAGAAAUUGCGCUGGCCGAACCACUUGUCGACACCGUUGAGCUGAAGGCUCUUGUAACGGAUCCUUGUCCCAUCAUAACCUUUGAUUUAUACACCGUUACUCCGGCGGAUUUAGCUUUUAAGGUCCCUUUCAAUCUCACUGCAAAGAGAAAUGACUUCAUUCAUGCUCUCAUUGCUUGGUUUGACAUUGACUUCACAGCAUGCCAUAAGCAAAUUCGAUUCUCGACCGGCCCACAUGCGAAGUACACUCACUGGAAACAGACCGUUUUCUACAUUAACGAAGUUAUUACUAUCGAAGAGAACGAGUGCGUGACCGGUUACCUUAGCAACCGACCGAAUGACAAAAAUAAGCGUGAUCUUGAUAUCCAGAUCUCGUACAGAUUUGAGACACCAGAUGAAAAUCGCUAUACGCAGGGUUCUUGUGAAUAUAAGAUGUAAGCCUGUUUAUACCGUCUACGGAGUGUACCUCUGGGAAUCGCUGCUAAUUCCGACCACAGGUGCUAAACAUCUUACGUACAUAUGUCUGUAAAUGGCUUUUUGCAUAUCCUCCGCGCGUCAUCAAGAUGUCCCUUUUAUUCGAUGCUAUUCUCCUAUCCAUUGUAGCUUGCAUGGGUAGGGCGCGCAAUUUUUGCAUUAUGUGGCUUUAAUUAAAAACCGAAAAAAAGGCGUUGGGUGUAUGUGGUAUGGAUACGAAACGAUGGUCAAGGAUAGGAUUUCACAGCUCCUCGAUUUGCAAUAGAUACCCUCGAGUCGAUGCUUAAUCUAACCAAUUCAUUGCUUAUAA